AUGUCAGGCUGCUCGCUGCUGCUGGUCCUGGCCGGUGACUUCUGCGAUGUGAACCACUGUCAGAAUGGGGGCACCUGCCUGACCGGGAUUAAUGAGACCCCCUUCUUCUGCAUCUGCCCUGAGGGCUAUGUUGGGAUUGACUGCAAUGAGACGGAGAAAGGCCCCUGCCACCCCAAUCCUUGCCACAACAAUGGCGAGUGCCAGCUGGUCCCGAACCGGGGGGAUGUCUUCACUGACUACAUCUGCAAGUGCCCUGCGGGGUAUGAUGGGGUGCACUGCCAGAACAGCAAGAACGAGUGCUACUCCCAGCCUUGCAAAAAUGGAGGCACCUGCCUGGACCUGGACGGCGACUACGCCUGCAAGUGUCCUUCUCCGUUCUUGGGGAAGACCUGCCAUGUCCGCUGUGCCGUUCUUCUGGGCAUGGAAGGAGGAGCCAUCUCUGACGCCCAGCUCUCGGCAUCUUCUGUCCACUACGGCUUCCUCGGCCUCCAGCGCUGGGGGCCAGAGCUCGCCCGCCUCAACAACCAUGGCAUUGUCAACGCCUGGACCUCCAGCAACUACGACAAGAACCCCUGGAUCCAGGCCAACCUGCUGCGGAAGAUGCGGCUGAGCGGGAUCAUCACGCAAGGCGCUCGCCGUGUGGGCCAGCCGGAGUACGUCCGCGCCUACAAAGUCGCCUACAGCCUGGAUGGACGGCAGUUCACCUUCUGCAAGGACGAGAAGCAGGACACAGACAAGGUUUUCCAGGGGAACGUGGACUACGGCACCAUGCAGACCAACAUGUUCAACCCUCCCAUCACCGCCCAGUUCAUCCGCAUCUACCCUGUGACGUGCCGCCGCGCCUGCACGCUGCGCUUUGAACUCAUCGGCUGCGAGAUGAACGUGUAUUUCAACACGGCAGGUUGCUCGGAGCCUCUGGGCAUGAAAUCCCGCCUGAUCUCCGACCAGCAGAUCACAGCCUCCAGCAUGUUCAAGACCUGGGGCAUCGAUGCCUUUACCUGGCACCCCCAUUAUGCUCGCCUGGACAAGACGGGCAAAACCAACGCCUGGACAGCACUCCACAACGGCCAGUCCGAGUGGCUGCAGAUCGACCUCCGCGACCAGAAGAAGGUGACGGGCAUCAUCACGCAAGGAGCCCGCGACUUCGGGCACAUCCAAUACGUGGCAGCCUACAAGGUGGCCUACAGCGACAACGGCACGUCCUGGACCCUCUACCGGGAUGGCCAGACAAACAGCACCAAGAUCUUCCACGGUAACAGCGACAACUACUCCCAUAAGAAGAACGUGUUCGACGUGCCCUUCUAUGCCCGCUUCAUCCGCAUCCUGCCCGUGGCCUGGCACAACCGCAUCACCCUGCGUGUGGAGCUGCUGGGCUGCGACGAGUAGGCGUCUAGGGAGGAAGGACGGGGCUGCUCUUCCCCACCGCCCAGCCCUCGCCCUGCCCGCCCCUGCCCACUCCUGCUCCGACCUCACACCCCCCUCUUCAUGUCCCCAAACUUGGGAGGCGGCCAGGAGGGCUCCCCUGCCCCGUGUUGGUGCCGGGGCCGCAGCACUGCACUUUAUGGGGCCCUUGCAGGUGGGAUGUGGGGAUGGUUCCUGCCCUUUAACCCCACUAGCCAGGGAUGAGACCCCCUCCUGCAACCGGAGCUUGGCUGGGGGACCCUCUCCUGCAACUGGGGCUUCCUUGGGGGACCCCAUCCUGCAAAUGGGGCUUUGCUGGGGGACCCUGUCCUGCAACCAGGGCUUGGCUGCAUCCUCCCAGCUGAGCCUGGAGACAAAUUUUCUCCCCCUUUUCGCUUCUGCUUCCAGCAGAGAGGCUACAGCCAGCAGCAGUUCCCUGCCUGCACUGGGGCUCAGGACUCAGCAGUUUUGGGGGGCUUAGGGCUGGCACCCCGGGCUCUCAGCCUCCAACGUCCCUCCUGCUCCCUGCACAGCGGCAAGCAGGGACUCCGAAAAGCUUACUUGGCUGUUGUCCCCUGCCCGUUUUGCCAGGCCCUGGGUCUUCUUGCCUGCGAUGUCAGCACCGCAUAGUGUGAGGGGAGUGAUGAGACGGCUCCUAUCAAGAGGCACCGGGUCCCCAUUGCCGGUGGCUCUACCCGCUGGGUGCUCCCGGCAGGCGCUGCGGCUGGUGUUUUGGCAGGCGCUGCCCAUUCCCCUUCCCGGGGUGCUGGCUCCAGUGUCCUCCAAGUCUUGGCAUUGUCACCGUUCCCACCUUACCGCAGUUUGGGGUGCCUGAAAGUCCCUUGUCCCCAGAGCCAAGUGGUGACCAGGGCGGCUGCAAUCUGGUAGUGGGGGAGAGGUGGUUUGAGAAAAGAUGGGAAAGGUGGUGGUUAAACCACCCAAAUGCAGUAGGCAGAGAGCUGUGCCAUGACCCUUUUGUAACCUGAUUUUUUCCCUUUCCGUGGGGUGGAGGGGAGCCUCUUGCAAUGCUCGAGCCCUCGGGAUUAGCAGUAGGAGACGAGCGAGACCCGGCACCGGCAAGCGGGAGUGCGGGCAGGGUGUCCAGGCAGCGGCGCUGGCGGCGAUGCUUCCCCCGCCUGCUGGGAUGCAAAGCAGCCGUGGGGCCGGGCCGGCAGUGGGUUCGCUUUGGCAAGCGUCAAGGGAGCCCGGGUGGGAUGGCGGCGGCGGCCCCGCUCCGGGGUGUCUCUGACAGUAUUAAAACCAGCUGAAACUUU